AUGCUUCAACUUGUAGUGGAGUCAGCCCAGAUUGUCCCAUCCAUAAGCCCUACACCCAAACCUUGUGUGAUUGUCUCCUUCAGAGAUGUCAAGAAGAGAACUCAAAUGGCGGAAGGGAAUAACCCCAUUUGGAAUGAGACCCUAAUCUGGCACCUCUGGAAUCGCCCGUUGGAAAAUGACUCCUUUCUACAAGUCAUUCUUCAGGACAUGGGCUCAAUGAAGAAAGAAAGGUUCAUCGGCCUGGCUACAGUACUGCUUAAGCCAUUGAUGAAACAACCAAAUAGGAUCCUUUUUCUGAAGAACCUGGUCCUGCUCAAUCAUUCUAUGGAGCCAACAAACUGUACUCUCAACCUGAAGGUGGCCUAUAUAUCCCCCCAGCAUAUUGAGAAAACAGGUAACAAAGACCCCUUAGGCACGACUGCAAAAAAGGCCACCCAGCAGAAAUGGAUGGUCCCUGGCACCGUCAUGCACAGGGCUCUGUCCUCUAGGCCUCAGCACUUUCAGGUUCGGGUAAAGGUGUUUGAAGCCCGACAGCUCAUGGGCAACAAUAUCAAGCCAGUAGUGAAGGUUACCAUUGCAGGCCACCAGUUCAACACUCGGAUCAAGAUGGGUAACAACCCUUUCUUCAAUGAGAUCUUCUUCCAGAAUUUCUAUGAGGUUCCUGCAAAGGUCUUUGAUGAAAUCAUCUCAAUCCAGGUGUUGAACUCCUCAGCAAAGAGAUACGAAGCAGAGAUUGGGAGAUUUCAAACAGAUAUUGGGUUUAUCUACCAUUCUCCAGGACACACACUUUUAAGGAAAUGGCUGGGCCUCUGCCAGCCAAAUAAGCCUGGCAGUGGUGUACAAGGCUACCUGAAAGUCACCAUCUGUGCCCUCGGUGUGGGAGACCAGGCCCUGGUAGACCAAAAGCUGCCAUAUAUGGCUGCUACAGAAGUGGAGAUCUUCAAGUCAACUGCAGUCCCUAUCAACCUGGCCUACUUACAGUUCUUCAUCUACUGUGCAGAGGACCUUCAUCUCAAGAAAUACCAGUCAGCGAAUCCUGUGCUGGAGGUGGAACUAAUUGGGGAAAAGCUCAGAACACGUACGUGGACAAAAAGUGACAAACCCAUAUGGAACCAGAUCCUGACCUUCCAGAUUCAGCUGCCCUGCCUCUCCAGCUACAUCAAGUUCAGACUCUUAGACUGCUCCAGAAAGGACUGCCAGGAAGAAAUCGGGACUGCCAGCUUGUUCCUCAACCAAAUCUCAUCCACUGGCGAGGAGAUCGAAGGAUUGUACUCUGGUUUCCUGCCCUGCUUUGGCCCCAGCUUUCUGGUCUUCCAUGGGGGUAAAAAGGCUCCCUUCAGGAUCCAGGAAGAAGGCACUUGCAUUCCUGACACUGUUAAAGAUGGUUUGGCUUAUCGAGGCCGAGUCUUCCUGGAGUUAACCACCCAAGUCACGUCCCAUCAAGAUACUACAAUAAAAGAUCUCUCCCAGGAAGUGGUCAGGAUAGAGAAACAGCAGAGCCGCCAAAAGUAUGGGCUGUGCGUUGUCUUCCUCUCCUGUACCACGAUGCCCAACUUUAAGAGUCUGAUCCAAUUCGAGGUCAGCAUGGGCCACUAUGGAAACAAGAUGGACCUGAAUUACAAGCCUCUAGUCUCAACUACACAGUACAGCCCAGUGAUAUAUGAUGGAAACAAAUACCACUAUGUGCCCUGGUACAACACCAAGCCUGUUGUGGCUGUGACCUCCUUCUGGGAGGAUGUCACCUUCCGCAUGAACUACAUCAACUGCCUUCAUGUCACUCGGGACCGCCUGAAGGCCAAUCUGGCCAUCCUGAAAUCCAUACGGAAUCCAAAGGACCCAGCUCUGCUCCGCCAGUGGGAGAAGCUGCGGAAGGAGUUGGUGGAGGACUGCAGGUACCCUCUGCCCAGCAUGAUUGAUCACCCCAAAGCCACCAUCCUAGAUAAGAAUAAGUGGAAGGUCCGUAGCCUCCUCCUGAAGGAACUGGAGCAAAAGGCCAAGGAAGCUAAGCCCAGGAACAUGGUGGCCACUGCGGAGCACUGGCUGUACCGCCUCAAUGCUGUACUUCCCGAGCCUCAGAUGAGCCUUCCAGAUGUGACAAUAUGGCUGAUGGCUAAUGAGCAGCGGGUGGCUUUUGCUCAAGUGCCUGCCCACACCAUCCUGUUCUCACGAGCAGGGCCCUUGUGCUCUGGCAGGUUCUGUGGGAAAAUUCAGAACCUUCUCCUCCAGUACCCAGAGGGUGAAGAACAGCAGAACGUACUCCCGGCCCAUCUCCGGGUCUGUAUGUGGCUGGGCAAUGUCACAGACAGCAAGGACCUGAAGCUGCUCCAUCAGGGGAACUUGGUGGUGUAUGCAGAGACGUAUGAAAAUCAGGCCAAGUAUAAAGACCAGUGGGGACAGAAGGGAUUGGAUCGUUGUCCUGGCUUCUCAGAUGUCAUGGGACACAAGGCCCUCUCCAAGACGAAUUUCAUUGAGCCCACAGGAUGGCAUUGGCAGGGCAACUGGAUAGUAGAGCCUCAGAGGAGACUCCUCCUAGACAUAGACAUCAACAAGAGCCAAGUGCUGGAGGAGGUGUACGAGAACCAGAUCCGUGAUGCCACAGGUACCUGGAUACCUGCAGCCAUCCCGAACACUGACCUGAAUGGACAGCCUGUGAAGGCCCUGGUGGAUAUAGAGUGUCCCCAAGGCUGGCACUUUGAGAAGAGCUGGGCUGUGGAGCACAACCUCGCAGUAGACAAUGAAGGUUGGGAAUACGGAGUGGGCAUCCCACCCUCAGGCCUGCCCCAGGUCUGGAAUUCAGUGGAAAAGACCUACUACACCUGCCGCCGCCGGCGCUGGGUACGACUGCGUUUCCGAAACCAUGAAGAGCAGGGCAAUGAGCAGCAGACCCUUUCCUUCCUGCAGCUGCAGGACUUGGCCAAGGAGGGAGAGGAGGGCUGGGAGUAUGGUACCUUCGGCUCCAAGUUCCACCUGGACCCUCAGCCUCAUAGUCGAUUCCGCCGCCGCUGCUGGCACCGCAGGCUGGCACCCAACAAGGACAGAGACAUUGCUUCCAUAUUCCUCCUAGAAGGAACCUUGGCAAUGGACUUGAGAGAGCGCACGAUGCACGAACAAUACAAGGUGACGGAGUCCCAGAAGCCUAUCCAAGAGGACAGCUAUCUCUCCUCCUUGCCUUUCAUUUACCACACUCUUAACAAGCCCCACUACUACCAGCUCUUUUGCUACAUCUACCAGGCCCGGAACUUGAGGUCCAACCACAUCCUGACUUUCCAGGGGACCUUCAUCCGGGUAAGCUUCUUGAACCACAGCCUCUGCACCCAGACCUUGAAGAGCUCUGUAGCCCCCACAUGGGCCCAGACGAUCAUCUUCCAGCACCUCCUGCUGUAUGAGAAUCCUAAGGAUACUAAAGAGAGCCCCCCACUUGUGGUGCUGGAACUCUGGCAGCAUGACUCCAAGGGAAAGGAAAUCUUAUGUGGAUGGAGUAUGUGGCCCCCAGUGGUCUGGCUGGACAUUGAAGACCGUACACUACCCCCUCUAAGGUGGCACCCUGUUCUAAAAGGGUUUGAGGAGGAAGAGUAUGAGAUCUUAUCCUCCUGUGAGAUGAUCCUUGAGACUGAGAAGCUGAAACAGAAGCAUAUGCCAAUCUUAAGUAUACCUUGGAAGGAUAAGAUCUACACACUGCCCAAGAACAUUCAGCCUACACUGAAGAAGAUGGCCAUUGAGGUCCUGGCUCUGGGCCUUCGGAACAUGAAGGAAGUGCGCUACCCCCAGCUCCUGGUGGAAUUUGGGGAACAGUCUGUGGGAACUAAAGCCAUCCAGGACUUUGAGACCAACCCCAACUUUCCUGAUUCUGUCCUAUUCCUCACAGUGUUCAUGCCUACAGAGGAGACCUAUGCGCUGCCCCUUGUGGUAAAGGUGGUGGACACACAGCAGUAUGGCCAGCAAAUCACAGUGGGUCAAGCCAACGUUGACUUCCUCCAACCCUAUUUCUGUGAUCCCUGGAAUCUGGAUUACAUUCCUCCAAAGCUUCCAGUGCUCUCUCUGAAGAAGAAUCAUCCUUUCUUUGGGAACCUCUAUGGGAAGUUCUGGUUCAAGUCCAGCAAGGCUGAGGAUGAAUAUGAACAUGAGGUGGACUGGUGGAGCAAACUAUUUUGGGCCACAGAAGAUGACCACAAGUCACUGACGUAUAAGCACAAAGACUACCAUACCCUAAAGGUGUAUGACUGUGAGCUGGAAGCUGUGCCAGCCUUCCAAGGCCUGCAGGACUUCUGCCAGACCUUCAGACUCUACCAGGAGCAGCCCAAGGCAGACAGUCCUGUAGUAGGGGAGUUCAAGGGUCUCUUUUGCAUCUACCCCUUUCCUGAGAACCCUGCAGAACCCAAGCCCCCUCGGCAGUUCAUGACUUGGUCUGAGACAGAAGACUUCCCUCAGUUGUGCUUGGUGAGGGUGUAUGUGAUUCGAGGCAUCAAUCUGCAGCCACAGGACUUCAAUGGUCUGUGUGACCCUUAUGUGACCCUGCAACUGGGACAGACGAAGCUUGGCAACCGGGACUCAUACCAGCCCAACACUCUGGACCCCAUCUUUGGCAUGAUGUUUGAACUCACCUGUAACAUUCCUCUUGAGAAGGACCUACAGAUCCAGCUCUAUGACUUUGACCUAUUUUCCCCUGAUGAUAAGAUCGGAACCACAGUCAUUGACCUUGAAAACCGACUCCUGUCUGGCUUCGGAGCCCGAUGUGGGCUUUCCAAAUCCUACUGCCACUCAGGACCCUUUAGAUGGAGGGAUCAGAUGCUCCCAAGUUACCUUCUGGAACGCUAUGCCAAACGGAAAGGGUUGCCCCCACCCAUGUUCGACCCUAAGGAUGACUCUGUUUUUUAUAAUGGGAAGAUAUUCAACUUGAAAAACUUCGAGCCCAAACCUCCUGAUGUUUAUGGCUUGGGACCCAAGAAAGAACGCCUAGCACUGUAUAUCCUGCACACCCAGGGGCUUGUACCUGAGCAUGUGGAGACCCGCACACUAUACAGUGACAGCCAACCAGGCAUCGACCAGGGAAAGGUACAACUCUGGGUGGACAUUUUUCCCAAGAAGCUGGGGCCUCCUGGCCCCCCAGUCAACAUCAGCCCCAGAAAACCUAAACGGUAUGAGCUGCGCUGCAUUAUCUGGCAAACAAACCACGUGGACCUGGUGCAUGAGACUUUAAGUAGAGACAAGAUGAGCGACAUCUACGUCAAAGGGUGGUUAUUUGGGAUAGAGAAGGACAUGCAGAAGACAGAUGUCCACUACCACUCCAUGACUGGGGAAGGCAACUUCAACUGGAGGUUCAUCUUCACCAUGGACUACCUGGCGGCAGAGUGCAUGUGUGUCCAGAGCCAGAAGGAUUAUAUAUGGAGCCUGGACCCCACAUCAAUGAAGUUUCCAGCCCGGCUCAUCAUUCAGAUCUGGGACAAUGACUUCUUCUCCAGUGAUGACUUCAUAGGGGUCCUGGAGCUGGAUUUAUCAGAUAUGCCCUUUCCGGCCCGCACCUCCAAGCAAUGUUCCCUCAGGAUGAUGGAUACUAAUCCCAAGUGGCCCUACCGCCAACACAAGCGCUUCUCCCUCUUUAAGAAGAUGACUGUAACUGGAUGGUGGCCUUGCCAGGUCCAAGAUGGGAACAAAUGGCGCUUGUCGGGUAAAGUGAAGAUGUCUCUGGAGAUCCUGACAGAGAAAGAUGCCUUAAUCAGGCCAGCUGGACGAGGUCAAUCGGAACCCAACCAAUACCCUACUCUUCAUCCUCCCUUACGCAGUGACACCGCUUUCAUGUGGUUGCGGUCACCUAUUAAAAAUGUGUGCCUCGCUUGCUGCAAACGCUACCGCUUCAAAAUCCUAGUGGCCUUCAUCAUAUUGGUUGGAGUGUUUGUACUGUUCAACUUUAUCUACGCAACUCCGAACUAUUUGGCCAUGAGCUUAAUCAAACCUGAACUUCGGAUGUAUCCUCCCAUUAAAAUAAUCAACCUCAUCAAUUCCCAAAACACCAGCAGGGACAGCUUCUCUGACCUCCAACAUCCAAACUUACAGACUACAGGAGAUCAAACAACAACAACACUCCUCCAGGAAGGAGGUAAUUCCAAGAAUUACCAAAGUCUUAUCUUCCCAGACUUCCUAGAACUUGUAGCUCCAUAAGACUAAGUUGUCCAUGUUGGGCUGG